UGGGCCGGGAGACGACAGGCACAUACAUACACUCGUACUACCACGGCUCUUGCAUGCAGUGCUUCUCUCUCUGCUGCAUUCCUCUAGUAGCCAUGGCUCCAGCUCAUGCUGAUCAUCAGCUCCGACUGAGUUUCCUCGUCGUCGUUGCCGGCGCGGCGGCGUCGGCGUUGCUUCUGGCGUCGCCGGCGGACGCCGCGCUGCCACGGGUGGAGCACGCGCCCACCAAGGCUGACGGGUCACUCGCCAUCCUCGCCGUCGGCGACUGGGGCCGCCGUGGACAGUUCAACCAGACCUUGGUUGCCCAGCAGAUGGGAGUGGCGGGGGAGAAGCUGGACAUCGACUUCGUUAUCUCCACUGGCGACAACAUCUACGACGACGGCAUUGCCAACACGAGCGACCCACUCUUCAAGGAGUCUUUCUCCAACAUCUACACUGCCAAGAGCCUUCAGAAGCCUUGGUACCUCGUCCUUGGCAACCAUGACUACACGGGAAAUGCGCUCGCGCAGCUCGACCCUGCCAUUCGCAAGGUGGAUAGCCGAUACACCGUCAUCGCAAAGUCCUUCAUUGUCAACUCAGGAAUUGCGGAUUUCUUCCUCAUUGACACGACGCCGUUCAUCCUCCACUACUGGAACAACUCCAAGUUCGACUGGAGAGGUGUCGCUCCUCGCGACACCUACAUCGCAAAUCUCCUCAAUGACUUGAAGUAUGGACUGACCACAUCCAAGGCUGCGUGGAAGAUCGUCGUCGGUCACCACCCUAUCAGCAGCGCCUGCGGCCAUGGCAACAACACUGAACUCAAGGAGAUACUUCUCCCGGUCCUCCAGACACACGGUGUUGACAUGUACGUGAAUGGCCAUGACCACUGUCUGCAGCGCGUCAGCAGCAGAGACAGUCCUCUUCAGCUUCUGACGAGCGGCGGUGGGUCGAGGGCAUGGGCUGGCAAGUUCAAGACCACCCCGGACAAAGUGGAGUUCCUCUAUGAUGGGCAAGGGUUUAUGUCGAUGCGGCUGAGCAAGACGGAGGCCCACCUCGCCUUCUUUGACGUCGCUGGCAGCGUCCUGCACUGCUGGAGCCUCGCCAAGACUACUGCUACAGCAGCUGGGCCCUAGCUCAUUAGCUGGUUCCGACAUAAUUAAUAUUGCUAUCUGGAAGCAGUACGAUGAGUUGAUCAUUCAGUCAGAUACAGUUAUUUGGUUUUGUCAAAUCUCAAAUGGCAGCAAUUGUUGUUGUCUUUCGUGAGAAGGAAGCAACUAUUGCUAUCGUUGUGUGCACAUGUGAGGGUGUCCAAAAUAUGUUCAACCUGCAAGAUAAAAUCUCAUGUUUUGUGUAAUAAAUUGGGAAACAAGUUAUUGGAAAGUUUACUAGCUGGAGUUGGUGUGUGCUGAUACUUUUACAGUGGCA